AUGAAGUCAAUGAUCCCUGCUAGUUUGGGCAAUGCACUGGUCAAAAGUUUAAGUGUGUCAUGGUUGGCUGAGAAAUUAACAGUUGGCCCUUAUGUUGGACUUGCCACCAUUGCGGGGUUCAUAUGGUGGUUCGUUUACUCCGACAGUGGACCUAAACUACCAUACAGUGAAUUGAUGAAUUUCGAUAGUUGUUCAGCAAGGGAGACGACUUAUUCUUGCAGUGUCUUUAAUGAUCGGCAUCCAUCAACUGUGUCAAUGACAGUGCUUGUCGUUGUCGAGAUGUUCAAUGCAUUAAAUAAUUUGAGUGAAAAUCAGUCUCUUCUUGUUGUUCCUCCCUGGAGUAAUAUGUGGCUUGUUGCUUCGAUCAUCCUGACUAUGCUCCUUCACAUAAUGAUUUUGUAUGUGCAGCCAUUGUCUAUUCUUUUCUCUGUGACACCAUUAAGUUGGGCCGAGUGGACUGUUGUCUUGUAUCUUUCAUUUCCUGUAAGUGGCUUGAUUAUCAAUGCUUGUCUGAAGAUUAUCCCAUCAUUUUGGGAAUUAGCUUAAAAGUUUCUGUACUUACCACCCAUUAGUUUAGCACAUAUUUGUUAUCAUAGCAUAUCAUAUAGUUGUGCAAGUGUACAAGAUACUCAAUUAUUUGGUACAGGAGUGGGUGGGCUUUCCAGGGAAUGCGAUAGAGGCAAUGCCAGUAUACUGCUGUGUGAUUGCUCUUGCUCUUUCUUAAUUCUUAUGUUUGCAUCAGUAAUUAACAGUCACUGAAGAGGCAAAGGAGGGAAGCUGUGUUAUUCCUUUUUGCGUAUAUGUGUCUGAAACCUUUUUGGCAAGUGUAGGCUUCUAUUUACCACCUUACACCACACUUAUAAAGUUGGUGUCAGUGAAGCAUUUUCUCUGAUCAGGGAAGAUUUUCAAGCAUCUUUACACUAGUUUUUCGGUUUUAGUUUUUCUUCUGAGUGCCAGAAUAGCUUCUGUUUUAUUACUCCAAAAAUACUUUUCCCCAUUUUGAAUAGCUCUUACUUUUUUAAGUAAUUCUGGUGGAAAUAUAUGUAUAUAAUUUUUAAAUGCAUGUUCGUAAAUUUUCUCUCAAAAGUGGUUUUGGCAUGGUGAUUGGGGUGAUAUUGUUGUUUUGUUGUUACUUGUGUGUCAUGGAUUCGAGCCAUGGAAAUAGUUUCUUUGUACGCGAAUUUAGAUUGCAUACAUCCAGCCUUGUCCAAACUCCACAUUUGCGUAGGCUCAUGUAUCGUAGUGCCUUGGGUUUGGCACAGUGCAUUAGUUUCAAUCCCUUACAAUUUACAGUCCAGCAUGGUCCACAGUACUUACUGAUUUUGUCUAUCUUUUGUAGGUAAUAAUAAUUGAUGAGGUCUUCAAGUUCUUCUCAAGAAAUGCCAG